AAUGUAAUUGGUGAAGAUGGUAUCAAAAUUUUCAAUAAUUUCGUGAUGACGGAAGAAGAAAAAAACAAGUUUGAAGAGGUAAUGACAAAAUUCCGAGAAUAUUGCGAGCCGAAGAAAAAUUUGAUUCAUUCAAGGUUCCUUUUUUAUACCAGAAAGCAGGAGGAGAGCGAACCAUUUGACAGCUUCCUAACUGAUGUAAAGAGGCUAGUUAAAAGUUGCAAAUUUGGAGCGGAAGAUGAGGCUGUUCGCGACCGACUCGUUUUAGGUACCAAUGAUCUGAAUACACAGAAGAAAAUAGUGAUAGAAGGCGAUGCGGAGUUGGACACGGUAAUCACAAAGUUGCGACUUGCAGAAUUAGGACGUCAACAAGCUGCAGAGGUCCAGGGCAAAGUCAAGGUUGACAAGGUGAUGGAUAAACAAUCUAACAGUAAACCGGUACAUAAUAAUAACAUGGUACUGAAAUGCAAAUGGUGCGGAGAACAACAUGAGCGUAAACUCGAAGUGUGUCCGGCUCGAGGCAAAUUAUGUACAAAGUGCAAUCGAUACAACCAUUAUGCAAAAGUGUGCCGCAGCAAAUAUGUAAAAGUUAUUGCAGACAGUAAUCUGCAAAAUCAGGAAGAUAGUGAUGGUGAAUUUUAUUGUGGCAGUGUUCAGAAGAUGAUCCAAGGAAAAUGGAAUUAAUUGCAAAGUACCAUGAUGUAUUUACUGGGACGGGGAGAUUUCCAGCUGAGUGUCAAAUACUACUGAAAGAAGGGUCUGUACCAAUCUCAAAACCACCUCAUCGUGUUCCUCUAAAAUUAAAAGAAAAACUCAAGUCUGAACUUGAACGAUUGUGUCAAAAAGGUGUCGUUUCAAAGAUGGAUGAAGCCACAGAAUGGGUCAAUAGAAUUGUGAUAGUUGAGAAAGACCAAAAUGCAAUACGUGUGUGCUUAGACCCUAGGGAUCUAAAUAAGUGUAUUCUUAAGAAAUAUUAUGAAAUACCAACUAUAAAUGACCUUAAAUCUAAAAUAUCUGAGGCAAAAUAUUUCUCGGUCCUAGACUUGAAAGAGUCUUUUUGGCAAAUUGGUCUUUCUGAAUCUAGUAAAAAGCUUUGUACAUUCUCAACAGUUUUUGGCACAUACAAUUUUAAUGUUUUACCAUUCGGAUUAGACAUUUCAGCUGAAAUUUUUCAAGAAAAUUGUGAAAAUUGUUUCAAAAACAUUGAAAAUACAUUUAUUUACAUUGAUAAUUUUUUAAUAUAUGGCAAAACAAAAGAGGAACAUGAUGUGGCUUUAGAAAAAGUCUUAAUUAGGGCACAAGAAUUAAAUAUUAAAUUUAAUCUUAAAAAAUUUCAGUAUCUCCCUGAAAUAGUAAAGUAUUUUGGUCAUGAGAUAGUGAAUGGUUGCCUGAUGCCUGAUAAAAAUAAGGUUAAAGCUAUAAUGGAUUAUGACUCACCCUCCGAUAAACAGAGUUUACAAAGGUUUCUGGGCAUGGUAAAUUAUAUGAGAGAUUACAUCCCAAGAUUGUCUGAAUUAACAAGCCCGCUAAGAGAACUUUUAAAAAAAGAUGUUAUGUUUCAGUGGGGAGCGACUCAUGAAAAGUGUAUUGAACAAAUAAAAAACAUUCUUGUUAGUCCACCUGUUUUAAGAAAUUUUGAUCCCAAGCAACCGUUAACUAUCCAGACUGAUAGCUCAAAAAAUGCAAUUGGCUGCGUUUUAAUGCAAUUUAAACAACCAGUUGCAUUUGCAUCGAAAAGUCUAAGUAAAACUGAAUGUGAAUAUGGUCAAAUAGACAAGGAAUUUUUUGGCAAUUUUAUUUGCUUGUAAAAAAUUCCAUUAUUAUAUAUAUGGUCGGCAUACUGUAGUCCAAACUGAUCACCAACCAUUAGUUGCAUUAAUGAAAAAAGAAAUUUAUUCUAUUGCAUCACAAAGAUUACGGAAAAUUAGAUUGAAACUAAAUAUAUAUGAUAUUGAUGUCCAGUAUGUUAAGGGUUCACAGAUGUUGAUUGCAGAUGCUAUAAGUAGAGCGUCUUCAAAAGCUGAUGCUAGUACACUUGAACAAUCUUUGGACCGUGUUGUUCAUACUGUGAAUGUAGGUGAUAGCUUUCUCAUAGAGAUUACAGAAGCCACGGGUAAAGAUACAGCACUAUCCCAACUGAUAGGAUACUAUAAUAAUAGUUGGCCUACAAAUAUUGAUAAAGUUACAGAUCUUGUCAAACCUUAUUGGAAAUUAAGAAAUAACAUUGUAGUUGAAAAUAAUAUUGUAUAUUUAGAUCAUAGGAUUAUAGUUCCCUUAUCUCUUAAGAAAACUGUCAUGGAAAAAGUACACUCUUCACAUUUUGGUAUCACUAAAACACUGGGUAGAGCCAAGUCACUUUUCUUUUGGCUUAACAUGAAAAACGAUAUCAUUGAUACCAUAAGUAAAUGUCACUUAUGUGAAAAAUAUAGUGCUAAAAAAGUAAAGGAAUCCUUAUUAUUAGAUGAAACUACUCCAUCACUCCCAUAUCAUAAAGUGGGUUGUGAUUUUCUAAAUUAUGGUAAUGAAAACUAUCUAGUAGUAGCUGAC